AUGGCUCCAGCGCACCCUCCUGGCUGCCAGUGCGGAGACGCAGAUGCCCACGUUCUGCUCGAGGGCGAGCUGAACUUCCUCUACAAGCAUGUCGACCGGGACAAGGUCGUCGCGCUGAACGCUGAGGAUGGCAAGGAAGGCAAGAUGGUCAUCAAGCCGUGGGAUCAGCGGACGCAGGAGGAGGAGUGGCUCGAGUCGGACGCGGACGAGCAGUUGAUCCUUCGCGUCCCUUUCACCGGGAACAUCAAGCUGCGUUCCAUCCUCAUCAAGGCAGGUCCGGCAGGAUACACGCCGGACAAGAUGCAAGUGUUCGCGAACCAGCUCCUGGACUUCGACGAGGCGAGCUCGCUUGAGCCGACGCAGACCUUUGACGUUCCCAUCACUCGCGACAUCGUCGAGCCAGCCAAGUUCCCGUCUGUCCGCUCUCUCACCCUGUUCUUUCCGUCAAACCACGGUGAAGAUACGACUCGCGUCUUCUUCGUCGGCUUCAAGGGCGAAUGCUCGGCUUUCACGCGCGACCCCAUCAUCACGGUCUACGAGGCGCAGGCGAACCCCGCCGAUCACGCCAAGAUCCCUGGUCUCGACACCACCGCCCACUCUCGCAUCGGUUGA